GGCGGCUGGUUUUCGCUGAUAUUUAAGUCUUAAGGUCGACGCUAUAUCGAUCUUUGGCUUUUCUCAGACAUAUGAUAGAUUUCUGUUCUAUUACUGUGAAAUCUAUGCCCGCUGUCCGCAUCUCGGGUUCCACCACGCCGUCACUAUAUAGUCGGCAGUCCAGCAGAUAUCGGACGAACUGGGGCCAGUCAAAAUUUAACUAUUACAACACCCCUGGGAAUCGGCUUUUUGGAACUCUGCUUUGCAACUCGCACCAACAAAGAACCACCGGUCCCGUUCGGAGAAGACCACUGGGAUUCGGCGCUGUUUUGAAUUCGCCCCCUCCGCAUUACAAGAUGGCAGAUUCGAAGGAGAGAAAGCAAUCAACUCUUGGGAGAUUCUUCGGUUCUGAUGCUAAAGAAGCACCUAAGAAACAGACGACAUUAGCCUUUUCGAGCAAGAAAGUGAAAAAGAGCACUGGCGGAGCUACCGAAGAGCGACAAACAGAAGAGGCCCCAGCUACUUCCAAGGAGAAAGCUAGAGACGACAAUGCUACUGUACUAGAAACUGUGCAUCCCAAUGUCGAGACAAAGUCGAGAACUGCAAAGCGGGAAAACAGUGUCGAUGCAGAGAGCGAAGAAGACAUCAAACCGGCUCAAAAGAGGCGACGCAGAGGGUCUAAAGAAGAUUUAACGACACUGAGCCAAAAGGCACCAUCGCCUUCUCCAAAGAAAGCACGAAAUACGGAAGCCAGCCCUAAAGCUGCGGUAUCAUCAACGGUGACGACAAAGAAGGCCUCGGGAGAGGAGACGCCUGUGGAGGAAGGAAACCCAAGCGAUGGCCCAGAUGACGCCCUUUCUGCCAGCGAAGAAGACGAAGAGGAAAAACCAGAAGUCAAGAAAAGGGAGAUCGAAAAGGUACAGGCUACUCUGAAAGGAACUGGAGCGGAUCCAUAUCCUGACUGGAAGGCUGGCGAGCCUGUUCCGUACGCUGCAUUAUGCACCACAUUUUCUCUCAUUGAAAUGACUACGAAACGUUUGAUCAUCCUCGCUCACUGUUCUCUUUUCCUCCGACAAGUCCUUCGCCUAACGCCCGGAGACCUUCUCUCGACGGUUCAACUCAUGAUCAACAAACUAGCCGCAGAUUACGCCGGCAUCGAGCUGGGUAUCGGUGAAUCAUUAAUCAUGAAGUCAAUUGGCGAAAGUACGGGACGCAGUCUUGCCGUGAUUAAAGCAGACCAACAUGAGAUCGGAGAUCUGGGGUUGGUGGCAGCGAAGAGCCGAUCGAACCAGCCCACUAUGUUUAAACCAAAGCCAUUGACAGUCCGAGGCGUUCACGACGGCCUACUUGCGAUUGCCAAGGUCCAAGGUCAUGGUUCUCAGGACAAGAAGGUCUCCGGUAUCAAGAAGCUUCUUUCGGCCGCUGAUUCCGCUACGGCAGGAAAAGGGAGCAAGGGUGUCGACAUUACCCAGAACAAGGGCGGCCCCAGCGAGGCUAAGUUUAUCGUGCGUUUCCUGGAAGGUAAAUUGCGACUGGGAUUGGCUGAGAAAACGGUACUCGUGGCUCUUGCUCAGGCUGUUGUUGCCCACGAGGCUGCAGUCAAAGGUGACAAGGCACCAAGUGCAGAAAAGCUGGCAGAGGGUGAAGCUAUCUUGAAGACUGUCUACAGCGAGCUUCCUUCAUACGAAGUCAUUAUUCCAGCUAUCCUCGAGCAUGGUCUAUUCAAUCUUCGCAAUGUUUGCAAAUUGCAACCUGGAAUUCCUCUGAAACCCAUGCUUGCGAAGCCAACCAAAUCCAUCACGGAAGUACUCGACCGCUUUGAGAAUAAGGAGUUUACCUGUGAAUAUAAGUACGACGGCGAAAGGGCCCAGAUCCAUUAUGUGGCACCUGAAUCCAUCAGCCAGUAUCCCAACGCAGCGAGCACAUUGCAAAGGGAUGGUGCUGGUUUAUGCGCAAUCUUUUCUCGCAACUCAGAAGAUCUUUCGAAGAAAUAUCCAGACAUCCUAGCGAAGCUUUCGACAUGGAUUAAGAAGGAUGUGCAGAGUUUUGUUUUGGAUUGCGAAACAGUGGCUUGGGAUACUGUCAACAAGAAGGUUCUCCCCUUCCAGCAGCUGAUGACUCGAAAGCGCAAGGAUGUCAAAGCCGAAGAUGUCAAGGUGAAGGUCUGCGUAUUCGCAUUCGAUCUCUUGUUUUUGAACGGAGAGCCCACUGUCAAGAAAUCCUUGCGCCAACGUCGGGAACUUUUACAUCAAGCAUUUCAGACUGUUGAGGGCGAAUUCCAAUUUGCCCAAUAUGGCAAUACAAAUGCGAUUGACGAGAUCCAGACUUUGUUAGAUGACAGUGUGAAAGCAUCAUGUGAAGGAUUGAUGGUGAAGAUGCUCGACACGGACGAGAGUGGCUACGAGCCGAGUAAGAGGAGUCGCAAUUGGCUCAAGGUGAAGAAAGAUUACCUCGCUGGAGUUGGAGAUUCUCUUGACCUUGUUGUCCUGGGUGCGUACUAUGGCCGCGGUAAACGUACUUCUGUCUACGGUGCCUUCCUCCUGGCUGCGUACAACACGAGCACCCAGAACUACGAGACAAUCUGCAACAUCGGCACGGGAUUCUCUGAAGCAAUGCUUGAGGAGCUCCACAAAGAACUCUCGCCCAUCACCAUUGAUAGGCCGAAGCCGUUUUACUCGCACUCUACGGUCCCCAAAGAUCAACCGGAUGUGUGGUUCGAGCCGCGCUUUGUUUGGGAGGUAAAAACCGCAGAUUUGACUCUCAGUCCCAGGUACAAGGCUGCAGCAGACGAAUUUGUCGGAAUCACGGGUGAAGGCAAGGGCGUAUCGCUUCGAUUCCCUCGGUUCAUCAAGAAACGAGACGACAAGAAGCCAGAAGAGGCUACCACUACCCGUGCUGUUGCGGAGAUGUACCGCAAGCAAGAGGCGGUGGCAAAAGAAAAUGCGGGCAAGGGAGGAGUUGACGAUGAUUUUGAGUAUUGAAGACUCCUUGUUGUUUUCUGGACCUUCCUAUAGUUUGGGAAUCUUUGUACAGCCCAUUUAACAAACCUAUUUACCUACCUGGUUGGAGUCCUUGGGUAUCUUGUAGCUAAUGAGGCUUCAUGAUUAUAAGAUAGAUCUUAGAAACGAACG